AGAUAUCUGGCGCCUCUUCGUGGCCACAACUGCAAACUGCACUUUAGUUUACGGUCACCCUGGCAACAGCUUGUAUCUCUUCUCCAGCUGCUGGUCGCUAUCAAGUUCACUGAAGUGGCUGUAAACGAUAAAUAUCAUCCGACAUUAUCUGGGAUAAUCAAGACUGUGGAGAUGGAUACAUCGGUGGUGCUGCCUGUCGAGGCUGAGGGGUUUAUCCAAAGUCUGGAAGCUUUCUCCCUCAAAAACGUGGGCUCUGCGAGGUGGUUCAAACAGCAUGAGCAUAUUGAGAAACUAAACAUGCAGGCCAUACUGAGCGCUUCGGCCAUGCACGAUGAGUUCGUCAAGGAGCUCCUGGUGUCCCUCGGAAAGAUACCUGUCCUGGUCCACGAGAUGAUCCUCGUGGAGGUGUGGAAGCAGAAGGUGUUCCCCGUCUUAUGCCAGCUGCAGGACUUCAACCCUAAGAGCACCUUUCAUCUUUACAUGGUGAUCCACCACGAAGCUACCAUCAUUAACCUGCUUGAAACAAUAUUGUUUCAUAAGGAUUCAUGUGAGGCGGCUGAUGAUUCCCUUCUUGACCUGGUGGAUUACUGCCAUCGUAAGCUCACUCUGCUGGCCAGUGAAGCAACCAAGGACCGCGCUGUGGCUCUUGAUGGACAGACCCAGAUAUCCUCUAUAGAGGAGCUGCAGGCGCAGAGCGCUGCGCUGGAGUUUGAAAUCUCUCUGAAAGCCGUAUCCGUGCUGGGCUACAUGGCAGAACAUGCUGACAGCAUCAGCGUCAUCAACCGCAUGCUGUGCACGCACAAUUUGCCUUGCGUGCUGGUUCAGCUGAUAGAGUCCUGCCCUUGGAGUCGGAGCAGAAACGGUGAAGUAGAGAAGUACAUUAAUGGCAAAUGGCAGAGGAUUCCUGCGGAGGACCGUUUGAAGAUGACCAAACUUGACGGCCAGGUCUGGCUGGCUCUUUACCGUUUGAUACUAAAGGAAGAGUGCCAAAUAAAAUACGACUUCAACAAUUUCAACAAGAACCAGCUUCUAAAGCUCAGGGCUUUCCUGACAGACGUGCUGAUCGACCAGUUACCGAACCUGGUCGAGCUUCAGCGCUUCCUGGCCCACCUCGCUGUUACCGACCCGGCCCCGCCAAAGAAAGAGCUCGUCCUGGAACAGAUCCCAGAAAUGUGGAGUCAGAUUGUCAGAGGCAAUUCUGGGAAGUGGAAAGCAAUAGCUAAAUAUCAGGUCAAAGAAACGUUCAGCCCGUCCGACAGUGACUUGCAACAACAGGCCCAGAGGUUGGCCGAGACGUACAACCUGGACGUGAUGGAGCGUUUGCUCCCGGAAAAACCAAAGUGCGGAUCCUGUGGUAAAGAGGCUACCAAGAGAUGCUCUCGGUGCCUUGGAGAGUGGUACUGUAACAGACAAUGUCAGGUGAAGCACUGGCCUAAGCACAAGAAGUCCUGUCAGCUCAUGACUGAGACCAUGGAGAGGAUCAAGGGGGAUACGCUGAUAAAGAGCUGAGAUAACCUGCGUUAAGCCCAUGAAAGGAACAUUUCAACAUAUAAAAAAACAAAUGUGCUUUUGUACGAUGCUGAAACGUAACAUUUUAUGCGAACAUCUAUAUUCCCAAUGCAGAAAUCCCUGACAUGCCCUCAGAGAUUAAUACAGAACUCAGUGUCUUGGUUUUAAAUGUGAUGUAAUAAAGUUUGAACCCUGCUUGUUU